CAAGAAAAGGCCAGCAACAAUGUGACAGACAACACCGAUGUGCACCUCGUUCGCGGAGGCGGUUGAUUCACUGCGCUUAAAAAUAGCGGUGUGCAUUUCGCACACUGCGACUAGACAAACGGCAGAAGAAAAUGGAUAUCGGACGUGUCGAGAACAAUUAAAACGGGCACCUUUUUUAGGGCCCAAUUCUGCUGUAGAAGAUUUAUGGACUCCAACAAAUACAAGGGACAUCGUUUGAGGCCCUCCGGCUAGACUCCGGGCAGGUUGCUCUCUGCUCGGCUGAGAGCGGAGGGUCUUUGCCUACACGAGUGUGUGUGUGUGUGUAACCAUGUCCAGUAUGAAGCAGUGGCGUCGGCUGGUGAUGGUGGGCCUGCUAGCCUGGGCCCUCCUCUUCCUGGCCCUGCUCUCCUACUUCCUGGAUGCCCACGUGAACGAGCCCCUUUCCUCCUCCGGCCCCGCCUCUUCCUCCUCUUUCUCCUCCCUCUCCCAGCACCCCGACACCCGCCGCCUGGCCUCCGUCCAAGGCCUGACCCACAAACACCACACCGUCGUGGGCUCCCGUCCAGAGCCGGCCUCCCCUCUCUCCACCGCCUACACAGAUCCGGGCCUGGACCCCACACACUCUUCCUCUACAUCAGAGCCCAGCCUGGAGAUGAGCCCGAGCCCAGACGGCGCCCCCUACAGCCAGUACGCUACGCAGCAGGACUACCUGGACCCUCAGAGCCUGGCCGCCUGGUCCUCCUUCGGCACGGAGAACGUGGGCUCCUACCCCGACCCGGUGACACGGAACCGGGAAAGAACCUCCACCAGCCGGCGCCAGAACCAGGCUUCGCGACGCGGAGACGGCGGCGAGGAGGAGGAGGAGGAGGUGGUGGAGGAGGAGGGGGAGGAGGGGAACGCUCGUAGGACGACAGCGGGCCGAGGAGAGGCUGCCGACUCGUCCGAGGACUACUACUUCUCCAAGUCGACCUCGGUGGUCCAGAGGCUGAGGAAGGGCCGCGCCUCGGCCGGGAUGCUGAGCCCCAGACUGCAGCGCGCCAUGAAGGACUACCUGAGCACCAACAAGCACCACGUGGCCUUCACGGGCCAGCGGCGAGAGACCCAGAGCCCCGGGGACCUGCUGUGCCAGAUGAGGAGACACGCCCAGCUGCGCACGCUCGACGGCUCCGAGCAGCCCUUCUCCGACCUGGGCUGGGCCGAGCUGGUGCCCCCUAGGAGCCUGGAGGAGCUGUACCUGCGGGGGGGGAAGAAGGGCUUCGGGAGCUGCGCCGUGGUCGCGUCUUCUGGGGCCAUCCUGCACUCUGGACUGGGACAAGAGAUCGAUUCCCACGAUGCAGUUCUGCGGUUCAACGCGGCCCCCACCGAGGGCUUUGAGAAGGAUGUGGGAAACAAGACCACCAUCCGGGUCAUCAACUCCCAGAUCCUGGACAACCCCAAGCACAGGUUCAACACCAGCUCCCUCUAUCAGAAUGUGACUCUGGUGGCAUGGGACCCUGCACCCUAUACUGUCAACUUACACGAGUGGUAUGCCAGCCCGGACUACAACCUGUUCAGUCCGUAUGUGGAGCACCGGAGGCUGAAUCCCAGCCAGCCGUUCUAUGUGCUGCACCCCAGAUACGUGUGGCAGCUCUGGGAUCUGGUCCAGGGCAACACCCGAGAGAACAUCCAGCCCAACCCGCCCUCGUCGGGCUUCAUAGGCAUCCUGCUGAUGAUGGCGCUGUGCGAGAAGGUGCACGUGUACGAGUACAUCCCCUCGCUGCGUCAGACGGACCUGUGCCAUUACCACGAGCCCUACUACGAUGCCGCCUGCACGCUGGGCGCCUACCACCCCCUGCUGUUUGAGAAGACCCUGAUCCAGAGGAUCAACCAGGGCCCUGAGGAGGAACUGAAUAAAAAGGGCCGGGUCACCCUGCCGGGCUUCAGCACCGUCCACUGUGACCUCUGAACUACGACCUCCGACCUUCUCCCCCCCCCCCCCCCCUCCUCGGAGAAACCGCCCAAGAACGGAAGAGCCACCACAGCCAUUCUCCAGGGUCAGGUUCUGGCGUUCUAGGGCUGAGGUAUGGUGGAGUGGAGAACCAAAGCCAUAGCCACUAAAUGUGGGACCAACAAAGGAAGGAAACCAUGACCAGAACCAGAGGUGAUUCCGGAACCUUUGGCCGGAACCGAUCAAGAGACAAAACCUUCAGCUGAGAUGGGAGCCAGACGCAGUGGGCCUGAACCUUGAUCUGCUGUAGCUGAGCCUGGCUAGCACUGGGGCUAACUAUGAUAGCAAUAGAUCCCUAGUUUUAGAUAGACAAGAUGUUUUGUGAUAUCUCUGGGUGUGUUUUUGCUGUCGUGAAACUGUGCUUUACAGAGAGCUUCGGGUUCUCUUGUUCUUCCUAAAGGAAUAGUCCACUUUUUUUGACAGGUAUUAGUCAUUUCUAUCCAUGUGUUCUGCACUGAAUGUCAAACAUACUUCCAUGCUAUACACACUCUUUCUCUCACUCAAACACAAACAUACCCUUUUAGCGACAUAUCUCGAUAUGAGCAAGCUGUAACCAGGCACUCCUCAAACACAUUAUCUGUACUCUUAACUGAGAUGGAUGUACAUUUUAUUGAUCUACAGCCCUGUUGCUGUGGGAUACUUCUUACAUACCUUCCUGAAAAAGUCUUAAGGUGUCACCAUCAGGGUGUUUUGAAGACGCUGUUGAUGUAUCUGUGCUCAAUGCCUGUCACUCUCUCUCGCAUGACUGCACAGACUUAUCUGCCAAGAGACUGUCAAUCUGCUGUCACUCUACUGUCACUCUACUCUGCACUUUACAACUGGCUUUCACUGCAAAAGCAGGAGUCCGUUGUGUAUAUAUAAGGUUGAUUUAGGGAAAGGCUUUGGUGGCCCCACCAUUGGAUAAAGAGUACAAUUUGAUAGUGUUCUGUUUGAUGAUGUGGUUUAGAGGGUGGGCAAAAUAUAGCAGUUGUUCAAAACACUUAAUUGUAACCCUGUGCCGAGCGGCCAACCAGAUACUUUUCCUGGGUUGCCUUACCAACACCCAGCGCCUGUUUAAAUUCUGUGAUUUAAUAUUGUUAGCUACAUCCUCAGAAACUGCAGCAUCCCAAAUGUAAUUCAUUUGUUAGAAAUUGAAUUACAAAGUUUCCGGUGGUGUUGUGUUGGAUGACUUGGCUCUCCAACUAUACAAGCCGACCAGUCAGCAAGUCGUCUCUGAAAACCAUCUCACUCUUUUAUGAAUGUAAUCCACUUCUCUAAUAGACAAACCUGUUUGCGGUGCACAGAUUCAUUUAGGGCUGCGUGUUCAAGGGUCCGUGUAGGAUCGUUUCAAACUCACAGUGAGUUUUGUGUCAUCCUUAGCCGUACUCACAGGGAAAUGUCUUUGAGCUUCUCUUGUAUUGCUUGGGUACCACCCAUGGACCAAAUACAUUUCUUUGGUCUAUGGCUCUACACCCUAGAUUGUUCUGUGGUUGUUCCCAUGCAAGAACCCUCUGAAGAACCCAAAAACCUAAUGGAUAGAAAGUCAGUGUCACUGAACAAAAGGUUCUAGCUAGAACAACUUCCCAAAAAGGUUCCAGCAAUAACAAGAAAGCUAGCUUUCUUUAAAUGGCUGUUCUCUGGGUUGCGUUCUUGAAAGGGUUCUCUCACAGGGGAGAGGUGAAAAGCGUAUCUACUCUGCACCGUUUCUACUGAGAGAACCCAGCCAACAUGCCUGCCAGGAACUGAUCCUAUCAGGGCAGGGGAUUUGAGGCGGUUACCUUCCGCCUUGUGCUUGUGUUGUUUACACUGAAUCUGUGCCAGACCAGACCUCCAGAAUCUCCAAUCCCCCAGUGGGCUUAGAUGUCCUAUCCCUAUCAGGCCAAGCUAGACAACUCGGAAAAACUAGAAUGCUACGGUGUGCUGAAACCACAGAUCCAAUAUUCAACCACUCACCCUAAACCCCAGAAAGCGAGCGCAUCUCGAGGCACGGGAUGCUAUAGCAGCUAUCGAGGCACGGCGUCCCGGGAGAGUGAGUUAGAGCUGAUGUGUUGCGGAGAACGGAGGGGUAUACGCUUUGGCUAGCGAGCUCUGGGCAGCAUUGCCGCGCUACGCUGGGAAUCUGAGGCUCGGAACCUUGUCUGCUCUGGGGUUUUUUUAAGCGUGUCCAGGCAGGGUCGCUGGCUCAAACAGGCCUGGCGCUCGCUGUGACAUCAAACGCACAAAGCUCCGCUCCGAGUUAUAGCAGCCCAGUCAGCUGCUUGACAGCACACGAGCAAAAACAACACCUUGUAAAAUGCAGAGCAUGUGAAGAUAGUGGAAAAGGGUUGAACGUGUUUCUCCUAGGUGUGUAAUUUGUGGCACAUUUACAUUCUUAUAUUAUCUCCUCUUUAGGGACUUGAUUGACCAGAUCAACCAUAAUGAUUACGCAACACUACAGUACCUGAGUAGUACUGUACAUAUUGCUUUAAUAUGAUUAUAGAUAUGAUCCUAACUCAAACGCAAACUGAGUCCAUACAGUGGGCUCCUGGAUUGCCCGUGCCAUUGCCCUGUUUGUGUUUGAAGUGUUGAAUAGUAAACUGUGCUUGUAAAUCUGUUUGUGAUUGUGACAGACCGAAGGCGCAAAACAAACCUACAUGUGUGAGGCGAAGACAUCUUCUGAUGCACAGAGCAUGAUGUUCAGAAGCCGGAUUCAGGGGUUAACAAGCUGCCUGUGUCCGUGCAGUACGUGGUUGAGCAGUGAAUAGACUGCCAGUCCAAGACACAGAGGAUAGAGACUGUGCUGAAAAUAGGAGCAGAUCGUCUGAUAGUUCAUCAGGCACUGAUCUGUGUGUGUGUGUGUUUGUUUCCAUGCCUGCUCACUAGGAAAUCACAUCCAGCGGCUGGAGAGAGAGAGCUGGUAUUAUUGGCCAGAUUUCUACAAGCUUCAAAUGCAAUGCCUUCUGGCCAAAUGCAGGGGAAUCUUGAAAUUGUGCCAAAUUUCUGUUAUUUACUUUUGGGUGGUUGGGUGGUUUACUGACAGGUAUGUAGUGUGUGGGGGGGGGGGUUCAUCGUAAAAAAAAAAAAUGUGGAGCACCUAAAGGGGUCAUGGUACCGUUGUGUUAAUCUGAAUGGUGCUUGGAUCCAUAUUGGGUAGAGCCGAGAUCAUGACUGGAGAUUGGUUCCCAGAUUGGAGGUCAACUGCUUAUCUUGGCCUCUCAAACACAUCUGUAUAUCUUCCAAUCCGCUCCCUUUGUGCUGAACCAACUCCCUAUCAUCUCUCACACACGCUCUCUCACCUCCCUCAGAGGAUGGAGUGCUGUGGGUCCAUGCCGCCUUUGAAAUAAAAACAAUGUUCAUCUUCUCCCUCUUUCACCUAACACCUUCAAAGUCCCUUUAGAGGUUCUGAAUGAGGCCUCCUGUGAGGAGGGCAGGGAGGAAGAGGGAGAUUAAGCGUUCCACAAUAAUAAGAGCUCUUGAAAAGCCUAUCGCCAUCACAACAGCCUUAGGGGUUGAUUUCUUCAUUUUUCAAAUGUUCUUUUAUGAUUUGUCAUUGAAAGCCUCUUUCUUAGGCUUGAAUGGAAAUGUAUAUCGACUGUUUGUAUGAAUUCAUACGUUGUUCUUUCAGUGAUUUUUUUUGUUUUUUUACUGUGUAAAUAAACAAUGUUGUACAUGCA